AUGAAGUUCUGGAUUGUUCUAUUUCCCAUUGUUGUGUUGUGGUGAGUACGGUACUGUGCACAGAGACGGGCCUUAGCUGACCAAACGUUGCCGCACGAUCGUCCCGAGGUUAGCAGCCUCGCCUCCUUGAGCGAUUUUGUCUAUGCGUCGCCGCCUCUCGCCGCAAAAUGGCAGAGUGUUGCCGACGCAUUAGCCAUUCCGCAGGAGCGUGGGAAAGUGUUGGCUCGCUCGCCCUCCACCUCUACACCUCCCAUACUUGAGAAGCGCUGCGAAGCGGCAAGGGCUGCCAUCGCACAAUGUCUUGCCAGCGCCAAAGAGAAGGCAAAGAGGCUCCUAUUUGGAGAGCCUGAUCCCUACCAUGGACUUGAUUUCGCAAUUUCGUAUCGUCACCCAAACGAUUGGUACACCGACGGCGAAAGGCGGGCUCACGUGAUCAUGAGUAUGAAGGACAAUGGAGUAAGGAAUGGCCAAGGAGGAAGACGUCGAUUGCGGAACCCAAUCAGUGUUGAGCCGCUCUCUGCACAGGCUAGAUGGACAGCGAAUCGGAUCAAAUGGCAAGCCGAAGAUCCAUUGGAAGAACCCGAUGCGCAGCUCAUGCAUCAAGAGCAAGGCGAUUGGUUUUUGCCUCCGGGCGGACAUCACGCACAUAUUGAACGCAGAGAUUUGGUGCGAGCUGCGCCCCGCGUCGUUCUCCAAAAGCGCUGCGGCCCCGCGACAGCUGCCAUUAUAGGCUGCCUGAUCGAGGCGAAAGAAGCUGCCAAAAGGCUUUUCAGGCUCGGGCAGCGACAGCCUAACCUUUAUCAAGGCCUGGAACAUGCAGUAUCGUGGCGUCAUCCCAACGAAUGGUACCUCGACGGUCAAAGAAGAGCGCACGUCCUCGUUAAAUUGAAAGACAAUGGCGUCCGCAAUGGGCAGGAAGGUGGACCUCGACUGCGAAGACCCAUAUCGCUCGAGCCUGUCGGUGACGAAGAUAGGACUGUGCUGACCAAAGUCAAGUGGAAGCCUGAAGAUCCACUCGCUCAGCCGGAUACUCAGCUAAUGCAACAAGAGCUGAGGCAGUUUGCGCUGCUAAGGCAGAGGAGCGUGCCCGGUGCUGCGCCUUCGGCCAUCGAGCGACGAUGCAUUCAGGGUGCUCUGGGUCGCUGCACGCAAUACGCCCAAAAGCUUUUGGGCCUCUCGAACGAUACAAGAGAUGCUGUGCGAGCAGCCGAGCAGCGCGCCCAAGUACUGCCAAAUGAGGAAGCGAGACACGGCGGGGCCCGACGGUCUCCAGAAAGAAAUGGUCCUGUGCGAACAUGGCGCUCAAUCUGGUUCGACCAUCCCAGAUGGAUGUACGUUAGCGAUCGUAGGGGCGAAGCUUCUGUCUUCAUCCGGACCAAGGACAAUGGCAGACGCAACGGCGAGGAUGGGGUGCGAAGAAGACGACAUCCCAUCGCCAUCGAUGGCGACAUCUACAAGUCAAGGCUGAAUCGAGCGGGCGUCAAAUGGACUUUUGAAAGACCCCAAGAGCAUCAGCACUUAGAAAGAAGAGACGGCGCUGGUUCUUCAAGCCCUGUGCUUCACAAGCGCUGCGUUCUCACGGCAUUGCGCCAGUGUAUUCGCUACGUCUUCGACUCGAGAGUGAACGAAGAGCGUUCGGGUGCGAGGCUUCCCUUGCUUGGUAGAGGUUCCCGGCACGAUCCUACACGCACUCCAGACGUGUACAAAGGAUUCGCAGUGGCGCAUGUCAUGCCCAACUUGCCCGAAAGCUCCACCACUCGAAGUGUCGACAUCUGGGUCGGUGCAGAAGACAACGAGGUACGUAACGGUGAUAGAUCGGCGCGCAAGCGCAAUCCAAUCGCUGUAGAUCGCGCAACCUUGGGUUCAAGGCUGGCUCGCACGAAAGUGCGUUGGGAGAUUCAAAGGGUGCCACCACCUCAAUUGCGGAAUCCUAGCAAUGCACAACAGAUGAUCCGUCGCAGGAAUGUCUUGCAGGGUGGCAAGACGAUGAAGAGAGCGCUAGGAAUCGGAGAUGACGCCGGUCUCGUCAAACGCGGCGGCACGGUCAAAUAUGCCCCGUCCAGAGACCGCAGUUCAUCGUUGACGAGGCGAUGCUUCCGCGUCGCUUUCGAAAAUUGUAAAGAUGCCGUUUCAGAAGUGCUCUUUGGUCCAAGCGUAGAGAAGCAGAUCGCAGCUCUAACAAGAGCUCCCGUGUCGCAGUAAGUUGCCCCGAUUGGCAGAGAGCGUGGCCAUCGCGCUGUCUUGCCUGCAUGAAGAGACUCACAAUGCUCCCAUGCACCCCCAGAAAGAACAAAAAUUGA